AUGUCCAAUCCACUUAAAGUUAUUGAUAUUAGCAAACCCGAAGAUACUGUAAUUGAGGAUCUACUCGAUGCAGCGGUGAAUCAAGGGUUUUUAUUUGUGGAUGGCCACGAUUUCCAACAAGCAGAGGUUGACACAUUAUUCGAUCUGUCAAGUGAUUUCUUUACCAAGACCCCUGGCGAAGAAAAGCAGAAGUAUGAAAUCAACAAGAAUAAUAUUGGUUACACUGGCUUUACAACUGAGCAACUGGACCCAAGGAAAACUCGUGAUUUCAAAGAAGGUUACAAUUUUGGGUUUGUGAACUUCAAGACUGGCGAAUUUAAUCAGAGCGAAGACAGGUACUACGGAAGAACAGAUAUUGACAACGCCAAUGAAAACCCCGUUCCUCCUUUAUUCGAGAAAAAUAGCGGUAUCAUUUCUGAAACUACUCGGAAAUUGCAUCGCAUUGCAUUGAAGAUUUUAGAGCUAAUCACGGUAGCAUUGCAAGUCGAAGACCGUCGAUUCUUUGUCGACAGACAUCGUCCAGAAGAGCCUAGUGGCUGUGUUUUCAGAAUGCUGCGGUAUCCUUUGAUUAGAGAAGACGACUUAGAGGAGGCUAAACAGGCGAAUCCAGAUGUGGAUCCAACUAUCAGGGCAGGCGCUCACACCGACUAUGGCUCUCUGACACUCCUUUUUCAAAGGCAAGGUCAACAGGGAUUGCAAUUGCAAAUGGGAGAUAAAGACUGGGUUGAAGUACCCUUUGUUAAGUCACAACACGAGGGGUCUGCUCCACCACUCGUUGUGAAUUUUGGUGAUUUGCUUUCUUAUUGGACUAAUGGGUUGCUCAAGAGUACCAUUCAUCGUGUGAAAUUUUCACCAGGAGAAACACGUACCUCAGAUAGAUACUCCAUUGUCUUUUUCGUCCAUCCGGAAAAUGCCACACAAUUGACACCUGUUCCAAGCAAGCUCGUUCGUGACGCAGGUGGAGGUAUAGAGCCUACUGCUAUCACGGCUUUGGAACACUUGAAUCAAAGAUUGGCUGACACUUAUGCGUCUAUUAAUUAUUAA